ACACCACACCACGGACAUCUUUUGUUGCUACUCUUGGUUCAUUUCAGUCCCGGAUCAUCUUAAGAUUCAAAGGAAUUUUUGUGACUUGUAAUCUGGAAAUAUAUUUUUUUACUUGGAAAGAAGACUGAUCGCUGGAUGAAGACAAAGACCUCAUUGGCUACAGACAGCCACACAAGCUCAACAUGAAGAUGCUGACUUUAAACUUGGUCCUUCUCCUGUCUCUUUGUCUGGACGUACAAGAAGUUGUUGGGCGGAAGGAGCAGCCCAAUUCACACGCUCAAAAACGUUCCCCGGAGACAAAACCGAGCCAGUGCUCUUACACCUUCAUCGUCCCGCAGCAGAAGCUGACCGGGGCACUUUGCUUAAACACCCAGUCCACCACCACCAACCAGUCGGAGGUGGCAUCUCUGCGUGCCGAGCUCAAACGUCAGCAGGAGCAGAUGGAGAAGCUUCAGGGCCAGCUGGAACAAGAAGGCGCCCUCGCCAUGGAGGUGAGAGCUUUACGCAAAGAGAGCAACAGCAUGAACGCUCGGAUUGCUCAGCUGUACGCCCAGCUGCUGCAUGAGGUCAUCCACAAGAAGGACCAAGCUUUGGAGCAGCGGAGAGUGGAGAACCUGCUGCUGAAUGCUACAUCACAGGCCUUGCAGGUGUCCAGUAACUACCGGGAGCUGGAGAAGAAAUAUGGAGUCCUCACUUCCACACUCAGCUCCCAGAACCAGAUGAUCUCUCGCCUGGAGAAGCAGUGCCACUGUAGUGAAACCACCCAGUCAUCUCUGGUAGCAACUGAAGCGACCCAAAGCCGCUCUAAUGUCCAUCCGAAUUACAGCUCUGAAGCCAGUGAAAUGACCAAUGACGUUCAAAGAGACCAAAGCGUUCCACUUCAGCAGGAGCAGACGCCGAACCAGGUCUUGACCACGACGGCCAGCACGCCCACUGACCACCCUUUUGUCAGCUUCCCUGUCACAAAAACUCCAGGGCCGUGGCGAGACUGCCAGCAUGUGCUCGAUUCUGGAGAGACCGCUAGUGGAAUUUACCUGCUGCGGCCACAGAGCGCCAACAGGCUGCUGCAGGCCUGGUGUGACCAGAGCCACAACCAGGGAGGAUGGACGGUCAUCCAGAGGAGGCAGGACGGAUCGGUGAACUUCUUCAGGACCUGGGAGCAGUACAAGCAAGGUUUUGGGAACCUGGAUGGAGAGUACUGGCUGGGCCUGGAGCAUCUGUACUGGCUCACCAAACAAGCCCAGUAUAAGCUCCGGGUGGCGCUGGAGGACUGGCAGGGCCGGCAAGUGUUUGCAGAAUAUGACAGCUUCCACCUGGAGCCGGAGAGUGACUGGUAUCGCCUGAGGUUAGGACAGUACCACGGCAACGCUGGAGACUCUCUGUCGUGGCACAACAACAAAGCCUUCACCACUCUGGACCGAGACAAGGACAGCUACACAGGUAACUGCGCUCACUUCCAGAAGGGCGGAUGGUGGUACCACAUGUGCGCUCACUCCAACCUGAACGGCGUCUGGUACAGAGGGGGUCACUAUCGCAGUCGCUACCAGGACGGGGUCUACUGGGCGGAGUUCCAUGGAGGCUCCUACUCCCUCAAACGAGUGUCCAUGAUGAUCAAACCCACCUAGAUCCACUGUCAUGUGGACAUGUUGUUGUAGAUAAUUGUAACCUGUACAGUCUGUUUUUGAUCUGAAGUUCAGUCACACGUUCACAAUAUGGGACUUAAUUAUUAAAAGAAACAAUUUCAUUUCAUAUUGUAUCACAUGCAUUUGUCACUGUCACAUUUCAAGUUUAAGGAUCAACCAAAAAUAUUCAAUUUAAAUUAAUGCAUUAAACGUACACUAAACAUUUUACCUUUAAA